AUGACUACUGUAGUGCCCAAGGUUGAAGCAGCAAAAGGUCUGGAACCUUCUCAGAGCCUGCAGCAGAGCAAUCUCGGAAUCUUGAGGUUGCAUGGCAUUAUUGUAGAUAUGAUUGAGACUGCUCUGGCUGAUGAUAAGAGACUGCAGAUCUGUGAGCGCUACGAUUUUUUGUAUGACAAGACUAAACUUCAAAGUUCCAAGUUCUUUCUCGAACCCGACCACUUGUUCUCUAGUGAUAUCGACCUCGAUAAGGACUCCUUGAAACGAGCCGAACUCACGGACAAAAUCAUCCUUGAGGAACUCUCCAAAAAAUUUCCCACAAGCGGGACAGAUG